UUGAUUUUGUGAUCUCGUGAUUGCAUUGCAUUGGCAGUGCUCCGCCACUUUCAAAGUCCCAUGUAGCCUACACAGCACCGUGUUUUGACUGAGCAGAGCCGGACAACAACGAUCUCAGUACAACCAGUCCAGACAUGGCGGGCGAAGGGCCGCAGCGUAAACGACUAGCUAGUAAACACAGAUGACAGCUGACUAUUGCAGUUAGCUAGGACAAUUCAACCCCAUUGUAGAUGGUUUGGUUUGAGAGGUCCCACGCAACCUACACCUGUCAAGGAAGAGCAAAGAUGAGCAAACCACAGAGCCACAGGAGGCCCUCAUCCACUAUGAUGUACCACCUGAGAGCAUCUAAGCCAGAGUCUGAGAGGGACUCCGGUUUCUCAGAUGCCAGCUCUGGGUACCUGAGUGCGAUGGACCAAACCGACUCUGAGGACAUGGUGAGGGCCCCAGGUCCCCAGGUGGCUGUAGCCAGAGGAUCCUACCCUGGCCUCUCCCCCAUGAUCAUCAUGAACAACAUAAUCCUAAAUCAGCCAAGCCGAAUGUCUCCAGCAGUAAAGCCCUGGGGCGUCCCCUCCUCCCUGGAGAUUCUCCCUCAGUCCCAGGUGGUCCUCCUCCAUCCCAUGGUCCCCAACGGCAGCAACACCAUCAGUAACAACAUCUCUCCAAAGAGUUCCUCAGACAAGCACCGGGACUCUAGGAAUAACUACCUGCCCAUACUGAAAUCUUAUCCCAAAAUCGCCCCACACCCUGGGGAGAGCUCCUCCAGGAAGCAGGGGGCCUAUUCUGCUGAGAGGGGAAGUUCCACAACUGGGUAUCACGGGAGGCGUAACCGGAGGCAUCAUCACCAUGGCGACAAGCUGAACAGCCUCCAUAGCCCCCAGCCAAGGCCUCUGACACCCCUCCAAACAGUGGCCAGCUUAGAGGUUGUAGACAAACAAACACAGCUGGCCAGCUCUCAGAAGCUGCCAAUACCUCAGUUCCUAGGCAUGCCUCACUCCCUGGGCACUGAGGCCACUGCUCUAAUCUCCAAUGAAUUUGCAUCUGUGUCAGAGGCGAGCAGUUGCCAGGGUGACAACGACAGCUGCCAAGACGGCCUCUCCACAGACAACAACAAAGGUAAACGCUUCAGCAACACCUACAACAUCCUCAACAACUCUGGCCUGCUGGGCAUAACGCUACGCAUCAAGGAGCUGAUCAGGCAGAACCGGCGCACCCAGGGCCAUCUGAAGCAGCUGCAGGAGCAGACAGAUCUGUUUGUGGAGGCCCUGGGCAGUGGAGACCCCCUGGUCUGGACUAGGCUCCAGCUGACCCUGCAGCUAGACACAGGCUCUGCCAGGGCUGAGGAGGGGCAGUGUCAGGCCAUGGAUCCACAAGGCAUCCUGGCAUAAGACACUAGCAGAAGGAGGGGCAUGCGUCAUAAGCACACCUGCUGUAAACCAGUACAAAUGGAGAAACACGCUUAACCUUUGAACCCUUGCCUAUAAUCAGUGUUCUGUUCAAAUAGCAAGUACUGCUUGCAAUAGGGCUAUGACUUCUAGAUUAAUACAUCUAUCAAUACAUGCAGGGAAUAGAUAUGGACAAAAUAAUACAAUUAAUUAAUCUGUACCUGACCAGAACAGUAACUGGUUUAUUAUGGGGGAAAAAAUCACUUUAUGGUAUCGAUAAUCAUUUUUGGGACCAAAUUGUAAAGAUGAUCUAAGUACACCAGACAUUCGAGUUUUGUAUAUAUAAAAAUUGCUUUAAAAACUUUAACCAAUGAGAGAUUAGGAAGUGCUCUAAGAAUAUUUAAUUGUUGAUCGUAUUUAGUCAGACAAUAUUGUAGCUAGCCUAGCAAUAUGUCCUCUUCAGUAUUUGUCAGUACUAGACUAGCGCAGCGCUCAACUGUAUAUUACUGAUUGUGAUUCUUUAGAGGGCUGUACAUAAAGCUUUUGUAUUAUUAUUAUUUCGAUUUGUUUUGUAUGUACAUCUAGUGAAAUAAGGCCUUGUUGAUGUUAUUUAUUUUCAACCUGCCUUUCAAUUAGGACAACAUCAAUAACUGAAUAGCGUACAUUUAAACACAGUUACAAUGCAUUUUCUAUUAAUUAAAGACAAAAAAUGUGAUGCCUGUUAAAUGCGAAAAAUUAUAGCUACUGAAGUGCCGGCACCAAUUCUUAUGUACAGUGGGGGAAAAAAGUAUUUAGUCAGCCACCAAUUGUGCAAGUU